CCACAGCUCAGCAGUGAACCCUUCCCAUUUGUAUGACACACCGGAAGUUGCCUUGAGACAUUGUAUCUUGUUAGUUAGAGCCCUGGUAGACUUUGACUGGGAGCCCUCCAUUAAUGAUUAACAGACCCCCAAUCAGGCAGCUUGCUGUGGGAUCCUGUCCUCAGGCAGUGCUGGGAGUCAGCCUGGGGAGCUCAGCACAAUGUUACUCCCUCCCGGUGUCCUGGGUAAUGCCAGGAGAGCCCUGUGUAGGAGCCUGAGCCACAAUGCACGCUCUGUCCUGGACAUUAAGGGGAUCUACCCCCCUAUAACAACCCCCUUCACUAAACACCAAGAGGUAGACUAUAAUCAACUGGAAGAAAACCUCCAGAGAUACUCCAGCAUCCCUUUCCGUGGUAAGCAAUUAAUAGACUAGUUUAAACAUUGUAACAGACAACGAUCACACCUGGAGCUCAGUACAUACAGUGAGACACCUGGAGCUCAGUACAUACACAGAGACACCUGGAGCUCAGUACAUACACAGAGACACCUGGAGCUCAGUACAUACAGAGAGACACCUGGAGCUCAGUACAUACAGAGAGACACCUGGAGCUCAGUACAUACAGAGAGACACCUGGAGCUCAGUACAUACAGAGAGACACCUGGAGCUCAGUACAUACAGAGAGACACCUGGAGCUCAGUACAUACAGAGAGACACCUGGAGCUCAGUACAUACAGAGAGACACCUGGAGCUCAGUACAUACAGAGAGACACCUGGAGCUCAGUACAUACAGAGAGACACCUGGAGCUCAGUACAUACAGAGAGACACCUGGAGCUCAGUACAUACAGAGAGACACCUGGAGCUCAGUACAUACAGAGAGACACCUGGAGCUCAGUACAUACAGAGAGACACCUGGAGCUCAGUACAUACAGAGAGACACCUGGAGCUCAGUACAUACAGAGAGACACCUGGAGCUCAGUACAUACAGAGAGACACCUGGAGCUCAGUACAUACAGAGAGACACCUGGAGCUCAGUACAUACAGAGAGACACCUGGAGCUCAGUACAUACAGAGAGACACCUGGAGCUCAGUACAUACAGUGAGACACCUGGAGCUCAGUACAUACAGAGAGACACCUGGAGCUCAGUACAUACAGAGAGACACCUGGAGCUCAGUACAUACAGAGACACCUGGAGCUCAGUACACACAGAGAGACAGAGAGAGACACUGGAGCUCAGUACAUACAGAGAGACACCUGGAGCUCAGUACAUACAGAGAGACACCUGGAGCUCAGUACAUACAGAGAGACACCUGGAGCUCAGUACAUACAGAGAGACACCUGGAGCUCAGUACAUACAGAGAGACACCUGGAGCUCAGUACAUACAGAGAGACACCUGGAGCUCAGUACAUACAGAGAGACACCUGGAGCUCAGUACAUACAGAGAGACACCUGGAGCUCAGUACAUACAGAGAGACACCUGGAGCUCAGUACAUACAGAGAGACACCUGGAGCUCAGUACAUACAGAGAGACACCUGGAGCUCAGUACAUACAGAGAGACACCUGGAGCUCAGUACAUACACAGAGACACCUGGAGCUCAGUACAUACACAGAGACACCUGGAGCUCAGUACAUACACAGAGACACCUGGAGCUCAGUACAUACACAGAGACACCUGGAGCUCAGUACAUACACAGAGACACCUGGAGCUCAGUACAUACAGGAGACACCUGGAGCUCAGUACAUACACAGAGACACCUGGAGCUCAGUACAUACACAGAGACACCUGGAGCUCAGUACAUACAGUGAGACACCUGGAGCUCAGUACAUACAGUGAGACACCUGGAGCUCAGUACAUACAGAGAGACACCUGGAGCUCAGUACAUACAGAGAGACACCUGGAGCUCAGUACAUACAGUGAGACACCUGGAGCUCAGUACAUACAGUGAGACACCUGGAGCUCAGUACAUACAGUGAGACACCUGGAGCUCAGUACAUACAGUGAGACACCUGGAGCUCAGUACAUACACAGGAGAGUACAUACACACAGUGAGACACCUGGAGCUCAGUACAUACAGAGAGACACCUGGAGCUCAGUACAUACAGAGAGACACCUGGAGCUCAGUACAUACAGAGAGACACCUGGAGCUCAGUACAUACAGAGACACCUGGAGCUCAGUACAUGGAGCUCAGUACACACAGAGAGACACCUGGAGCUCAGUACACACAGAGAGACACCUGGAGCUCAGUACAUACAGAGAGACACCUGGAGCUCAGUACAUACAGAGAGACACCUGGAGCUCAGUACAUACAGAGAGACACCUGGAGCUCAGUACAUACAGAGAGACACCUGGAGCUCAGUACAUACAGAGAGACACCUGGAGCUCAGUACAUACAGAGAGACACCUGGAGCUCAGUACAUACAGAGAGACACCUGGAGCUCAGUACAUACAGAGAGACACCUGGAGCUCAGUACAUACAGAGAGACACCUGGAGCUCAGUACAUACAGAGAGACACCUGGAGCUCAGUACAUACAGAGAGACACCUGGAGCUCAGUACAUACAGAGAGACACCUGGAGCUCAGUACAUACAGAGAGACACCUGGAGCUCAGUACAUACAGAGAGACACCUGGAGCUCAGUACAUACAGUGAGACACCUGGAGCUCAGUACAUACACAGAGACACCUGGAGCUCAGUACAUACACAGAGACACCUGGAGCUCAGUACAUACAGUGAGACACCUUGAGCUCAGUACAUACAGUGAGACACCUGGAGCUCAGUACAUACAGAGAGACACCUGGAGCUCAGUACAUACAGAGAGACACCUGGAGCUCAGUACAUACAGAGAGACACCUGGAGCUCAGUACAUACAGAGAGACACCUGGAGCUCAGUACAUACAGAGAGACACCUGGAGCUCAGUACAUACAGAGAGACACCUGGAGCUCAGUACAUACAGAGAGACACCUGGAGCUCAGUACAUACAGAGAGACACCUGGAGCUCAGUACAUACAGAGAGACACCUGGAGCUCAGUACAUACAGAGAGACACCUGGAGCUCAGUACAUACAGAGAGACACCUGGAGCUCAGUACAUACAGAGAGACACCUGGAGCUCAGUACAUACAGAGACACCUGGAGAUUAGUCCAUACAGUGAGACUACUGGAGAGACCUGCUGUGCUAUAGGCUGGGGGAUCAGUGGUCUCUCACCUAUUGAGAUUUACAUAGUUAAAGACUACAUUCACUUACAUGGUACUUACAUACAGAGAGACACCUGGAGCUCAGUACAUACAGAGAGACACCUGGAGCUCAGUACAUACAGAGAGACACCUGGAGCUCAGUACAUACAGAGAGACACCUGGAGCUCAGUACAUAUCAAGGGUUAAUACAGUGAGACUACUGGAGAGACCUGCUGUGCUAUUCAGUGGUCUCUCACCUAUUGAGAUUUACAUAGUUAAAGACUACAUUCACUUACAUGGUACUUGCAGGUUCCAACACAGCCUGGAGUUACAUGUGUAUCAAUCAAGGGUUAAACAUGCUUUUGUUUUCUAUCUGUGGUACAAGAAUAAAAGAUUAAACUAAAAACCAAAAAUACAAGGUGAUAAGAAAUAAUUAUUGCACACUAUAACAACUUUGACAGAGUUCUAAUUAGCAGCACUCUUUAAAGUGCAAUAGCCCCCAAAAACAAACACGUGACAUCAAUAUAUCAUAAAAAAAGUGUGAUGUGUCUUUAAAACAAAGUUUGGUGUUUGUGACAACCAUAAUACAUAACAUUAAAUAAAUGUAAUUAUAUUAAUACGAUUACUUCUUUAAAUCAUAAUGAAAGGGCUGGAGCAUUUCUGCAAGAUAUAUAUAAAUGUAUUUUAUGUUUUCUAGUAUUUACUUAAUAAUGUGUUUAAUAUUUAUCAUAUUGAAACCGUAGUCAUAAAUAUUGUACCAGAUCCAAUUACUGUAGUUAUUAAUCCACCGAAACAUAGAUUUUGCCAUUGUCUUAUAGGGAGGAAAAAAUGAUGUUCUGCUGAAAGCAAAUUUGCAAUUCAUUAUAAAAGAAAAAUAAAUAGUUGAAAUCUGCAACAAAACAAACUAAACAACACACUUUGCAGUAAUACAAACCGUUCAUGUUACUGUAUGUAAAUACACGUUAACUAUAGGGCAUUUAUUCACCGAACUCCGAAAUAUAGCAAAUUGAAACCAGACUUGCAAAAUAUUGAACAUAAUAGCAAAUUUCAAUAUUUAAUGCAUCAACCCUUGCUACAUCCACCAUCAAGUUUAUUUAGCCAGUGGCCACAUUUUUUGUAUGUUUUUUUUUUUUUUUUUCUAAGAUGAUUAGUGGGCAAAAUCAGCACAGAUUAAAUAAAAUAUUUUUCCUUCAAUAAGUGGCAAAUCUUAAAGGGACACUAUAGGCACUCAGACCACUUCAUGUGAUUGAAGUGGUCUGGGUGCACUGUCCCUGUUAUUUUAGUCCUGAGAUGUAAAAUAUUGCAGUUUUAGAGAAAUGUCAAUGUUUACAUUGCAGGGUUAACACAGCCUCUGGUGGCUAUCUACCAGACAGCCACUAGACGCGCUUCUUGGACUUUCACCGAGUUUGAUUCUGUGAAACAACGUUGGACGUCAUCAUGCAUUGCACAAGGAUGUCCAAAAUCUUCUAAAGGCCUGAUGUGCGCAUGCCUCUCGACGUGCAUGUGCAUUAGGUUCCCCCCCAUUGGCUAAUAUUGGUGGAGAAGUCCAACCCAGCAACCCUCGGUGCUGGAAUCAGGUACGUAUAAAAGGGGGUUUUAAACCUUUUUUUUUUUUUUUUCCCCACGGAGGGGCAGAGGGACACUAAAGUGUUAGGAAUACCGUUUUAUUUUAACAGAGUUGGAUGAAAGAACUUCUAAAGUAAACACACUAUGCUAUAAGACCUGAUUGGAAACAAAAUAAUUUUUUCUUCCAGGCUGUGUGAGUCAUAGCCAGGGUGCAGCUAGGGUUUCAUUAGAAAAAGUGUUUAAAUGAUAGAGGAUUGCGUAGCGAUCGCAUGGUCUAUACACCAAAACUGCUUCUUUAGGCUUAUGUUGUUUUGGUCCAACCGUUAUUUAAAGCGUUAAACUGGGGAACACACAAGUGUAGCUGCUAUUGAAAUUUGUAUCCAGGAGUUGGCUUCUCUUGCUCUGUACAAUUAAUUACAGAAUAUUCUGUGAUUCUGGUGUCCUAUAUCUUACUGUCUAGGCUAAAGAAGCUCCUCUCUGCUCCCUCGCACUGUCUGCAGUAAUGCUGGGGACGGUAUGAUGUCCUAUUCCGGCUCCCGGCAUCUUUACACAGCGUGAGGGAGAAGAUAGGAUCUGCAGGAAGAUCACUUCUUCCUUGCGCACUGCCCCAGCUUACCGCCUCUAUGCUCUCCAGGGCGAUCUGCUACAUGCUUCCUGAGCCACCCGCCUCCAUGCUCCUGCGGGUGGGAAGCUGGCCACUUUAUGUAAAAGGCUGACAAAUCCCAGGCGCCAGGGCAAAAUUUCUAGUCUCCAUGGCGACCUGGGGCCUGGGAUUUGUCAAGGCCUGAUGUAUUCAAUUUAUUUUCUUAUUAAAAAAACAAUAAUAUUAAACCUGUAACCAGUACCAGCAAAUGUGUAAGAAGCACCAAUGUUCAUAUGUUUUAUAUACAAAUGGGGCUAUUGUGCUUCAGUCUAAUGCAUUAACUACCUUUAUCAUCCAUAACCCCAAAUUAUUUUUUCUACUUUCCUAUUCUCGGACUGACCUAUUUCACUGUGGUAGAUAAACAUAUAUGGUGGCAUUUUUGGUAAUAAUAGAAGUGUGAUAAUGUUGUUUUGUUUCUUUCUCACAUAGGGAUUGUUGUCCAAGGAUCAACUGGAGAAUACGCAUACCUGACCAAAGAAGAGCGGCUGGAAGUCGUCCGCAGGGCCCGCAAGGUGGUGCCGAAGGACAAGCUGCUUAUAGCUGGCUCUGGAUGUGAAUGUAAGACACAAGGCCAUAUUAAUUGAAGUAAAACACGGCAAUUACCGGUCAAAAUGCUAUGUAAUGACCUCAUACUAGACGUGCAUUUGUUUUCGUACAAAUACGAUUUUGUCCGAAAAUUCAGUUUUUUUUGUAUUCGUGUACUAAAACGUAAACGAAAGCCCUACAUAUGAAAUAUAAAUGAAAAGAAAGGGCAAAUGUAUUACAUUUUUGUUUUGUUUCUUUCUUUUAAUAGACUCUGUGCUGUAGGGUAAUUAACUCCCACAGCACGGAGAAAAUAACACUGUGCAUGUGCGGAAAAAACAAAACUAAAGUAAGGAGGGAGCUGGGAGCACUACCAGCUCCCUCCUUGCAUGUCAUUUAAAACUGAAUAUAAAUCAGUAUGGAGGUCACUCUGACCCCCAUAUUAAUAAAACGGAGGUUAAAUCCUCCCGCGUGGCAUGUCUCCUAAACAGCGAGCUGCCAGCGGCUGGUCACUGUCAUUUAAAACUACUAGUGACUGGGCAGCUAUUGUUGCCCAGUCGCUAGUGCAAUAAGGGGGCAUCUGGCACUGGCCCCCCUUCUAUCCCCCCUCAUUUUACACAGCAUGGGAAAGUUCUUUGGAAUUUUCCCAUGCUGUGUAAUUUGACAUUCUGGUUGAUUCCAAAGAACUUUCCCACGCUGUGUAAAAUGACUCAGAGCACUCAGAUUGGUGGAUUUCAAGACAACCAAUCAGAGUGAUGUGACAGGUAAAUGUCGAGACUUACCUGUCCCUCUCUUCAUUUAUCUGUCAGAGCACUCUGGUUGAUUUGGAAUCAACCAAUCAGAGUGCUCGAAGUCAAAUUGCAGGGUGUGGGAAGGCUUUAUAAGCCUGUCCCCGCCCUGUGAAAAUUAGUCUGCGUGGUGCCCUCGCUGGGUGAAGAUGGAUUAUGUUUUUAGAUUUGUGAUGUAUUAUGGAUUUAUUUAUUUUUUCGGUUUCUUUUUUUGCUUUGUGCUUUUGAGCAGGUGCAAGGCAGAAGGGCCAAGCCACCUUAAAGAGACACACACUAUUUUUAAAAUGCUCUUCUAUUGGGUUUAUGCUCUAAAUAGUGAGAGAUGUGACUUGAUUUCCAAACCAUAGGUUAGAGUUGGACAUAUUUUUUCAAUUUUACUGCUCUAUUUUGAGCUUAAUUUUGCAAGUUCGUUGUGAAAUCAGUCCCCAUUGCUGUUUAUUGAGAGGACCCAUGUUCAAGAAUAUGUAAUAGUGUAAUGGUUUGACCGAAACAGUUUGAGUGGCAGAUGUACAGAUAAGGAAAAUUAUGUGCUUUUUUUUCAAUAUGUUCCUUUUAUCUGCAAAGGGAAUUGUUAAGGAAAAAAAAAAGGAACUUCACAGUUUUCCCAGAAAUGUAUCAUCUUGGGGAACAGACCCUGUACUUCAUUACACUCUCGUUUUUAGUGUCUGGAGAAUGUGAUCUACAAUCUGAACCCAUACCAACCUGAAUUCUGUCUUGUUGGGUUUUUUGUGUUUUUUUUUUUUUCAUUACCAGAAGCAGAUACAAUAUAACCACAGUUUGAAACCGCAGCCUCGCCCGUUGUUGGACUGCAACUCCCGUUAAUAUCAAGCAGCCUGGGGCUAGCAAUUGUUAACUUUAGUAUGAGAAGUUGAAGGAGCAGAGUUUAAAAUCCCUGGUAUAAAACACAACUAGGCACACUAUUUUUAUGUAUAUAAAAACCAUGUACUCUCUGAAGCAUAAUUUGAAGGUUGAUCGCUAGAAACCAAUUUGAAUGCUGCUUGCAGAAACUGGAUAAUAUAGAUGAAUUUAGAGGGGAAAAACGCUUCAUUUACAUCAGGCAGGCUGAGUUGGCAAAUGUUGCUCAACCUGCCGUGUGGGUGAUUUGGUCCUGGUGGACAAUAAGUCAAAUUCUAACAUGAUGUCUGAGAAUUAAUCAACAACCUGUACUUCAACUGCACUCAAAUUCCAUCUGAAAUGGGUAAUUGAGGGGAGGUUUUGGAAGUUCAGUUAGCAUAUUUCUGAAGUUCUCAUAAAAGAAACCAUGCAUGGCAUUUGCAUAGACGGCUAGUGCAGGGGUAGGUAACCAUUUAGUAGCACUGUGCCAAAGCAAGAUCUUAAAGUCCCUUGGUGUGGUGAUCCUAUUUAAAUAAAUAAAUAAAUAAAUAAAUACAUUAAGGUGUGUAUGUUGCUGUGAUCCAGUUGUUAUUUAUGGGUGCUGCAGUUACUUUGUAGCGUUGUAUUUGUGCGCAUGUGGGCUGUUAUAUUGUAUAUGUCCAUGAGUAGUUUGUGGUAUUGUUUAUACCUUUUUGUAUGCGGGCUGCUUCUGUAAUUCUGUGUGGAUAAUAUGUCACAUUGUGUGUGUGUGUUUGUGUGGUGGUAUAUGGGGUGUUUGUGUAUAUAUGGAGCUGCUUGUGUAAUUCUGUGAGGAUAAUAUGUCACUUUGUGUAUAUUUGUGUGGUGGUGUGUGUGUGUGUGUGUGUGUGUAUAUGUGGGACUACUUGUGGUAUUGCAUGUGACAGGCUGCUUGUGGGGUUAUGUGCAUGUAUGUGAAUUGUCAGUGGUUUUGUGUUUGUGGGGACUGUGUGUAAGCUGUUUGUAUUAUUUGUAUGAGAGGAAGGCUUAUUCUGCAACUCUGUGUAUAUCUAGCAGUGUGGGUACCUUCCCGGUGGUCCAUUGGGGAGUGGGAUGGCCAGGUACAGGUCAAGGGCAGGAGCUGCAAUAGCUACUGCUGUCUGCUGUACUCCAGGGCAGUUUCCCAUUCACAUGUGCGUGGAGGAAGUGAUCUGAAAUCACAUUCAGUAAAUACUGCAUUGCAUAAAUUGAUGAUUGUCCCUGACCACCUGCUAUCACAGCUUAGUUUGCACUAGCAGAUUUCUCAAGUCCCACUGGGACUCCUGAUAGGCCAGAGCCUGUUUGGCCCUGGCAGGCUUGAGUGCCGUGCAUGGCACACGUGUCCUAGGUUGCUGACCCCUGAGCUAGUGUGUACCAUGUUGUAUUCCUGGGUAGAGUGCCCAGAGUGUUUUCAGCACCACUUUGCACUAAAGGUGUGACCCACACUCAGACUGUAAGUGGUCCUGUAGACCCAUUUUAAAUUUCUCUAUUUUUAAUCAAAAAACGCUAGCUUAGACAUCAAUGAAAAUAUUAUUUUUUUUUAAUUAUUUCAUUUUUUUGCAUUUUAUGAUCAGUAACGGAACUAAUAGUUGAAGAACCCAGACAGCAGGCAGCACAUAACUUUUUGUAAUUCCGUUUUCAUUCCGUUUUAUUUUAUAGGUAAAGUUUGUUCUUAAGCAAUUUCUGCGCUAGUCUGCCCCACGUUAGGGUUUGUUCUGGUCUCUUAUAUUGGGCCAGUUUAGAUGGUUCACAUGGGGUUCUUAUUUGGGGAUACAUUAAUAUUGGAGUUGUUAUUGGAAAGGGUUUUUAUAGGAUCAUUUAUUGCCUGUGAAGUGUUGAUUUCUUUACUCAGAUAUGUUGCCAAAAUCCAGAGCUUAGUACGUAAUCCCCAACAGUGAAUUUUAUUUCUGCAUAGCUCUGUGAUCCCCUCAUACAUAUUAGACGUUCCAAAAGCAUAGAACACAGAAACCCAGGAAUAAUGAGACUAUAUGUCCAAGCUUGUUCUGAAAGAGGGAUGGAAAAAAAAUGAAACUUUGUUUAAAAAGCAUUACAUUUUGACUCUCUCUUUAUGGGAGAAUACAAUUUGCCAACAGCUGGUAGGAGUGACAGGCCUGAUAACGAUAACAUACAACACUGAACUAAUAUACCGUACUCCUGCUGCAAAUAAUGUAAAAAGAUCUCACACUAUUUUUAAUAGAGAGAGGACAGUCUUUUCCCAUUCUUUUUAGAUUCAUGCAACAAACGAAUGUGAUAUUAAAUGAUAAUCUAGUGUGAUAAAAAUCAGGCGAAUGUAAGGUAUGAAAUAUGUCUCACUAAAUAGACAGAUACGGUAAUGGGCAGCCAAAUGCCAACCAGAUACCAGACAAUUCCUGCGUACGUUGGGUAGUCGAACGCCAACUGAGUAUCAACCAAAUUCUGUCUGAAAUACACUUCCACGCCGAGUGAUUGCAGUAGUAGUUAAAUGUAUGGCAGACGCUCACCAACGGGAAUAAACCAAAUGGUUAUUUAAUAUCGCAUCUUCUUUAUUAGGAAAUCUUGGUUAAAAACGUAGUAGAACUAACUUACAGAAAUUGUUGGGGCAUUUAUUUUGGCCUUUAUCUUGCAUGACAUGUUUUUGUUAAUUAAGCCCAAAAUUCUACCUUGUUGUAGUUUACCAACUAACCAUUUACAAUCAAAAUGCACACACAGACACAAAUUUUACAUCUUUCUGAGCAUUAUAGUUUGUAUUUAAACAACUAAAUAUUUUUGAAAAAAAUUAAAUACAAUGAAUAGUAUUUAAUCACUUUAAGAGUAUUAUAAUACAAAAAAAAAAGCCACACGCUUAGUUUGUGAUCCACAUCCACGGCCCUUUUCUUUUAUUGUGUGCCUUAUUUGUGUUUUUGUCUUAAAGCCACUCAAGCCACAAUCCAGAUGACCGAGGAGAUGUCUUUGUCUGGAGCGGAUGCGGUCCUUGUUGUAACCCCAUCAUACUACCGAGGCAGAAUGACCAGUCAUGCACUUAUUCAUCAUUACACGAAGGUAAUCCAGAUAUAUGGAGGAAUAUUGCACGAGGAUAGAUCUGAAGGCACAUGUCUAGAAAUGCUCGGAAAAUACACAUGGAAAUGAUUUCAAAGCAUUAAAAGUUAUAACAGAUCAUUGUGACAGACAGAAUAAUACAGUAUAUCAGCAUGACUCAUACAAGGGAUCCGCAUGAUGUAGAGAGGUGUACAUAACCAGGAAUUUUGCCAAGUCAAACAUCAAGAUUAUCAUUACCAGAGAAAGGUGUACCUCCGAGCAGAAAUAAUAAAAAAUGGCCCCUGGUAAAUAAAAGGUGCAAGAUCAAAACUGACUGGAAGCCUCUAAAAGAAGUUUGUUUUUGAAAGAAAUGGGUAUUACCAAAGAAAAAGUGAUGGUCUCCAAGAGGGCAAAGCAAAACCAAUAAGUGGCUUAGCAAAUACCCAUAUGUUUAAUUUGAUGACCCAAACUCUGAAACCAUCUUCCUUCCAUUCAUAUAACUUCAGUUUGAGCCUUUCCUGGUCUGCUCUUUCACUACUUGCUUUUUCUGGUACUCUUGGGAUGUGUGAAGGGCCAUAGGAAACUCAGAACUGAGCUGGUUGUGUCUAGUUGUGCUCCACAAUAUUUCCCAUAGCUUUUUUUACUCUCUUCGUGGCCUUUUGAGAUAAGGCUGCAAGUCUACCUCACUGUAAGUCCUUUUUGUUUCCCAUGGUGGCGUGGUAUGUCCUCACCUUUAUGUGGUUCCUUGUUUGAUUUUGUUAAGCUGUUAGUUUGAAAACUUUCCGUAAAGAUUAUUUACAGAAACAAAAGUGGGUGACCGACUGUGGGUAGUGCAGAGCCUGCCCCUUGCUCUGAACAGACUUUUUGACCCAAAGAACACCUGUCAGACCCAGAAUCUUUGGAACAAAAUUGGAGUGUUCCCCUAGAAUAGAGAAGACCAUAAACAUAUAAUAGUGGGCCUAAAGAUGUACAAAGAUGCUUUAAAGUACUUAUAACCAAUUUACAGUCAGAAUCCUGAAUUUAACAGCUUAAAAAAGUGUUUUUUUUUUUGUUUUUUUUAAAGUGCAGUUUAAGGCAUGGACUUAAUUUCCUGGCCUACAGCUAUUUAAUUUGCCAUAAUUACACAUAUGUUCUUGGCAUGUAAAUACUAGUGCUAAUAUGUUUUGUGGCUCUGAGUCAAGGUGUUUAGAAUGUGCUUAUAUCGUAGCAUUCCAAUGGGGUUUUGUUGAUGAGAUAUUCACUAUAAAUUUAAGUUCCUAUGCCUUUUAAUUAUCUUAUUGUGUUAUUUUAUUUAUUUUUUUAGGUAGCAGAUUCUUCCCCUGUUCCUGUUAUUCUCUAUAGUGUACCUGGUAACACCGGGCUGGAUUUACCAAUCGAUGCCAUAGUUACACUGUCUCAGCAUCCUAACAUUAUUGGCAUUAAGGAUAGCGGAGGCGAUGUGAGUGACCUACACUUUCCUUACUUCUCAUGUAUACAAUAAUAUUAAUGUGACAGUUCAUUCUGCAGUGCUGUACAAUAUAAAUGGGUUAAAGACAAGCUGAUUUUUCUAAUGUUUUGCUACAUGCGUCCAUUGCAUGUUAAGAGUUAAGGCUUUUAUAAUCAUUAUUUUUUCUGUGUACAUGGAGCUGAUAUGAGUAAAAACCAUGUACUGCAUUUCCUGUGGUCAUUCAAUCUAUGUUUUAAUCAAUUCAAGGGAUACGAUAUCUGGUCUUCUACUUUUUAAAUUUUAUUUUGUAAAAUUAUUUUUUAUGUUUUUUUUAAGAAACUUGAGUAUUUCCUUUUGUCUUUAUUCCUAUUUGUCUAUCUUUUCAAUGUUAGUUGGUAGAAAAAAUUAAUCAAGUACUCUCAUUUGAUAAGCUAGUGAUAAGCUAAUACUCAUCAAGCAUUUAUUAUUAUUUCUUUUUUGAAACAUUUAGUGCAAAUGAAAAUGUAUCCUAUAUGUGAAGGGGAUUGUUUUUUUUGUUUGUUUGUUUGUUUAUUUAUUACUUCUCCCUGUGUAUGCUGGGAACUGACCAGAUAAUUGCAAUUGGAAUCUAAAAAACUAUUUGCCAACGGUUUGACUUCUUAACUGGAACCCUCCUGGCUUCUUAACUGGGAUCCUCCGGGCUCUGGCCCCCUGUCUUUCAUAGCUGAAAGCUCUCUGCCUGAGCUAAGCUUAGCAAUGCAGGGCUUAGUUCACAGACUGAGGGCAAUUAGCUGACGCUCUAAGCCAGGGGUUGGCAACCUUCAGCACUCCAGAUGUUGUGGACUACAUCUCCCAAAAAGCUCUUGCUGCCAUAAUGCUGGCAAAGCGUCAGGGGAGAUGUGGUCCAAAGACAUCUGAAGUGCCGAGGUUGCCUACCCUUGCUCUAAGCCAACAAGCUAGGCCUGCAAGGCAGGGCUUAGCUUAGGAAAGCAUGAACCUACAUUCUGACAAAGUGAGGUAAGAAAUUACAGAGGAUAGGGAGAAGCAUGAACGAAGUCUUGGAGUUAGGAGUGGGAAGAAGGAAUGGAGUAGAAGAAAGACGCAAGCCCUGGGCAGAACAAAGAAAGCAGUUGGGAAACUAACUACAUUAGGACUAGCAUUCGGAUGGCAAAGUUUAGGACUUUGAAUUUUAUUUUUGAAACUGACAAGGCGAAUGUAAAGUAUGAAGAGGCCGGAAGUAUAGGGAAACAGAUAAUGAAUGACAAAUUAAGUCUAUAGAAGAUAUAGUCAUGAUGGUUCGAAGAGUUGGAUGGACAGUAGAACGGAAGACUAGAUCGAUCAUAGUUGCAUUAAUCCUAGCAGGAUAUUAUUUUACCUGCUUCUAGCGUUAAUGGAUGUAUCCUGAUUUACCAGUUGAUUUACUGUUGGAAUAGGAGAACAGAACUGAGUCUCACACCAUGUUUGAUUUGUAUACUAUAAUAUUACAAACUGAAAGAAAGUAUCUAUAUAAUUGUAAUUCUAUUUAAAUACUGCCCUUUGUCCAUCUAAAAUUGCCUUGUUUGUGUAGGUGACGUUUAUCAAACAAAUAAUAAAGUACUUAACUAGAAAAAGUGUAUUUUAGAUUUUAAGUGUCCUGGAGUCUCUGAUGAUUUUAUUACCCAAAUAAUUGGUAAUCAUUGUAUAUUUGGUAUGUCAACCGUACUAUGCAUUGUCCUUGUUAAUAUGACUAUUUUGGAAACAUACUGACUUGUUAAAGUGGCAUAAUUUUUAUUAAUAACAUUUGUUUGUACACCUAUGUUUCGAAAAUGAAUGACACAAACCUCAGGAGUCACUGGGUGCUUUUAGAAUCGGAUACAAGCUUGUGACUCCAAUUCACUGGCGCCGUGUCGGAAUGUCUGCGCUGGUACAGAUAAAUUUUAUUACUUCUUAGAUGUCUUGAAAUGCCCAUGCCUGCUCUGGGUGCCAACUUAGAGUGGACUGGAAUAGAUCUAAGAAAACAAAUAUUGCGUGCAGUUUUAUGUAACGAGAACUGUGACAUACUAAUGAUAUAUCAGGAAAAUAAAACAUGGUUAUUUUAAAAUCUAAAUACACAAAAUUAAUAAUAUAACCUGAAAACGCUAUUAAAAUAAAUCCAGUUAAAGACAUCUAAUUAAGAGCAAAGAUUGGGAAAAAGAGGGGAAAAUAAAAGGUAGAUAUUCAAUGUAUGCCCAGUAUAAAUAACCAGUUCACCAGAGAUUUGGGCAGAAUGUAAGAAAAUUGAAUUAUAGAGGUAUGCUCAUAUUUUAUUUUAUAGUAUCGUUUUUGUUUUUUUGUAGUCUGCUGGCUCUGACCCUGAUUUGCCUGCAUGCCUGACUUCAUCAGAAGUAUGUGUGAACCAAUCACAAUGCUUCCCCAUAGUAUUGUCUGAGACUGUCAAGGAGGCAGAUCAGGGGAAGAGCCAGCACAAGUCAAACACAGCCCUGGCCAAUCAGCAUCUCUUCAUAGAGAUGCAUUGAUUAAAUGCAUCUCUGUGAGGAGAGUUCGGUGUCUGCAUGCAGAGGGAGGAGACACUGAAUGGCAGUACUGCUCACUGUGCAGCACUGCCCCAGGAAGCACCUCUAGUGGCCAGUGGAGUUAUCCCUAGCCUGAAAGGAAUGAUUCUACUCACCAGAACAAAUACAUUAAACUGUCCUUGUUCUGGUGACUAUAGUGUCCCUUUAAAUUCUUUUUCACCAGCUAUCACUCUCAAUGGCGAGUUUGCCUUUUGAUGGUCAUCUGCUGUGCAAGUGUGGCAUCCUCUUUUAAAUUUGUCAGUAACUAACUUUAAAAAAAAAACCUUUGUCACUUACUUAGGUCCAGCGCCAUUGUCCCUCAGCGCUGGCUCAGCUCCGCCCAUUCCCAGGCCGCGCUCGCAUUAGUAUUUACCCAUAGGAAAGCAUUAUUUAAGGGUCCGGGUUAAGGGUGAUGGGAGUUUGCACCCAGAUCACUGCAAUAAGAUGAAGUGGUCUGGGUACCUACAGUGUCCCUCAAAUAAUAAGUACACAAAUAAAGUUAAUGAGGGGGAUCAGGGGGACGGACGAACAAAAUCACUCUAGUGUGUACCUAAACACCUAUAUAGAGAAAUACAGUCAUUUCAUAGUAUUAAUUACUAUUUUACUUGAGUUUUGGUUUCUGGAUUGGAUUCUGUGAGAGGAACAUGCAUUAAAAAGUGACUGUUAUCUUACUAUACUAUCUUUAACAAAUGACCUAAAAAAAAAAAAAAAAAAAUUCACUGAAAUUUCAACACAGUCAGAAGAUCUCAUAAGAUAGCCAAUAGCCUUGCAUGCUACUUUACCGACAAGAUUGAAAAGCUAAGGAGAGAAUUCUCCUCACCCUGACAUUCUUUCUCAACCACACGUAGACCAUUCCUUUCCUACCCUUCAGACUUUCUCCCCAGCUACUGAACAAGAGGUUGCUGCGCUGCUCCUUUCCCCACCACUUGCCCACUUGAUCCUGUCCCAUCUCACGUUAUCAGAUCUCUCUCCCCGUCUUGUGCCUUCCUUAACACACAUCUUCAACUGCUCUCUCUCUCUUCUGGCAUUGUCCGUGCUGACCUUAAACAUGCCAACGUAGUACCUAUCCUGAAAAAAACAUCCCUUGACCUGUCCUCCCCCUCUAACUAUCGUCCCAUAUCCCUGCUCCCUUUUACUCAAAGCUUCCGGAAAGACUUGUCUUUACCCGUAUGUCUCCCUUCCUCAAUUCCAACUCUCUCAUUGACCCUCUUCAAUCUGGCUCCCCCCUACCUCCACUCUACUGACUGAAUGACUGACUGCUCUUAAUAAAGUUACUAACGACCUAAUCGUAGCUAAAUCCAAAGGCCACAACUCCAUACUAAUUCUUCUUGACCUCUCUGCUGCCUUUGACACUGUUGAUCAUGCUCUCCUUCUUCAAACUCUUCAAUCAUUCAGUCUCUGUGACUCUGUUCUCUCAUGGUUUUCCUCCUAUCUCUCUAUCUCAAAGCUAAUUCAGUGUCUCCUUUUCUAAUCUCCCUUCGUCUUGUCUCUGUUGGAGGCCCCCAAGUCUCGGUACUUGGUCCCGUUCUAUUUUCUCUUUGUUACUCCCUCUCUUGGCAAACUUAUUACCUUAUUUGGAUUCCACUACCAGCUGUACACUGAUGACACCCAGAUAUCUCUCCUCCCCAGACCUCUCCACUGCCUUCCUGAAACGUGUCACUGCUUGCCUUUCUUCCAUCUCUGACUUGAUGUCCUCGUGCUUUCUGAAACUAAAUAUCUCUAAAACUGAACUCCUUGUCUUUCCUCCUCCUAAUACUGAUCCUCCUCUUUCGCUCUCCUUUCAAGUUAGUGGUAUCCACAUCAGUCCAUCCUUGCAAAUGCGCUUUCUUGGUGUCAUACUUGAUUCAGGUCUCACCUUUGAGCCUCACAUCCAGUAUGUUACCAAAUUCUGUAGAUUCCAUCUUAAAAACAUAGCCUGCAUCCACCCCUUUCUUAUGCAAGAUGCUACUAAGGAGCUUGUCCAUGCUUUAGUAAUUUCCCGCAUGGAUUAUUGUUUCCCUCUCCUAAUUGGUUUUCCCAAAAACUGCAUUGCCCCGCUACAGUCUGUAAUGAAUGCUGCCGCCGGACUGAUUUUCCUCUCUAGUCGCUCCUCUCACACCUCACCUCUCUGUCAGUUCUUACAUUGGUUUCCUGUAUCCUAUAGGAAUCAAUUAAAAGUGCUAACCGAUAUCUAUAAAACAUUGACCAAUUCUAGCCCCUCUUAUAUCUCUUCACAGAUCCAUAGUUAUGCCCUCCGCUCUGCCCAUGACCUUUUCCUGUCCGCUGCUCGCACCCGUACGGCCAACUCACGCUUGCAGGACUUCUCACGGGCGGCUCCCUUCCUAUGGAAUAGCCUGCCUUCCACCAUCAGACUCUCCCCUAGCCUUCAAUCUUUUAACAAGUGCCUUAAAACCCAUCUGUCUAGGAAAGCUUAUGGCCUCCUAAAGUAACCUCUUCCUCACAUACCUGUCUCUUGCUCUCUCCUAAAAGGGUAGCACUCUACUCUCUCCUCCAGCUCUGCUUCACUCCCACCUUAUUUGAUUGCCAUUUCCUGUCCUAUUGUGUUUUACACCCCACUUCCUAUAGAAUGAACGCUCGUUUAAGCAGGGUCCUCUUCAACCUAUCGUUCCUGUACGUUUUCUUGUAGUUGUCCUAUUUAUAGUUAAAUCUCCCAUCUUAUAAUAUUGUAAAGCGCUACGGAAUCUGUUGGCGCUAUAUAAAAGGCAGAGCUAUCGCUGUAAAAUUUUAUAAUUUUCACUAGCCUUUGCUAGGGAUGGCUGUGAGUAAAAAGGCACGCAUGCGCGAGGUUGUAGCACUGAUGUGGGCUCCUGGCAUAUGAAACGUCAGGAGCUGAAGAGGAUCCAUCAGAUGAACAUGGGGGCAGCUGUGAGGGACAAAGUUUGCAAAAAUAAAAUCCAGAAGGUGGCAAAUGCUUCAAUGUUUUUAUUGCUGCAUAACAUUCCAGAGAUGGUUUUAUUGACUUUAAGAAACCGUUUUUAUUUGUGUUAAUUACUUAUGUUAUAUACUCUCCACUUUUUGUUGAAGUGGGACUCUGGGCAGGCUUUGGGUAGUAGUUGCAGCUAUAUGUAUUUCUAUUUAUAUUAUGUGAUGGACAAUAGACUAUGCGGACAGAUGGGGGAAUGUAACUGAGAGGGGAAAGUGUAGGUUGUAAGCCAGAUUACAUUUCGAGUUACAGCAUUUUACAUCAUCGCCAAGAACAUUUGAGCAAUUCCAUGAACUAAUCUGACUUUUUGGGUGAUGUACACUUCAUCGCCAGCCUGCUUCAGAUCAUUUUACUUGUAACUUUAAUUUAUGAUUAACUGUCUGCUCUUUGUGGUCACAAGUCAACAGGUUGAAAUUUUAUAAACAUUAACCAUUUAGUGUGACAGAUAUGCAGAGGAUUAAACACAUAAGAUAACUUAAUUGCACUGUUCCCACUUGAUCCUCAAGUUAAAAUGCACACUCAUGCCUAAUAUGACUCGUUCUCCUUUUUAAAGAAUUUCCAGAUUUUAUUCCCCCAAAUGCAUAGAUUUGCAAGCAAUUUGGGUAGCACAAUAUAAACCACAUUAGCAUACACUUCUCAACUGACCGGUAAAGAGCACAAGAACCUCCUAGACAGGCAUAGGCAACCUUCGGCACUGCAGAUGUUUUGGACUACACCUCCCAUGAUGCUUUGCCAGCAUUAUGGUGUAAGAGCAUUAUAGGGGAUGUAGUCUGGAGUGCCAAAGGUUGCCUAUCCCUGCGGCCUAGGCAGUUCUUCACAGCAACUGCCGUGCUUGCACAAAAUGCAUUGCAGUUGCUGUGAUUAUUCCCUAGCAAGCAUGAAACUACAAGUGCAGGGGACACUAUAGCGUUAAGAAUACAGGUUUGUAUUCCUACUAUAGCGUAAAGAAUACAGGUUUGUAUUCCUAACACUAUAUAGUAUUCCUUUAAAUUAUCUUAAUAAAUUAUAUAUUAAUGUCUUUGUAAAAUAUAAUGUGUCAAUAUAAACCUGUGAUGACAGGUACACUUCUGAAAUCUGAUGUAUUUGGCAGGUUGAUUUUUUUUUUUUAAUUUUAAUAAAAAAAAGUGUCAAUGUUUGCUAGUAUUGAGAUUUAUUUUACUUAUAAUAUACAGCAUGCCUUCUAUUUUAUAUUUAACUUUUUUGAAAAAGUCAUGUGAAUUAUAAGUUGGUAUACAAUGCGUAUUCUUUUUUCUUUUUAAAUUAUAAAACAAUACGCUUGUAGCUAAUAAACUUUCACCUGAGACUAUUAAUAUUAAUAUUGCACAAAUAAUUUUAUUGUCAACGUUUAAACAGGAAGGGCAUAAUUAACGUUACCUGGUUUUCAAAUAAGCAUUCUGCUGCAUAAAUCAGCCAUCUGUUUUGUGGUUUUUAAAAUGCUAGUAAAAAAAAGUGUUUAAAUACAUUGGCAUCCCUGAAGAAUGAAUCCAUAACCAACUUUGUGUUCGGAAUGUUAAUAGAUGAAGUUUGAAAGUGACACUCUGAGCACCAAUAUAGCUUUAAGGCAUUUGACAGGGUUUGGCCUCAAUAAAAUGUUCCUUUUUUUUUUUUUUAAAUCUUUAUAGUCCGUGCACACACAAAAAAUAAUGUUUUGUAGAAUGCUGCACCAUAAGCCUGCCUCUUUAGCCACACACCCUCGUGCCAGAAAAAGACUUCCUUAUUAAAUGUAUGUACACAGCUCUGCCACUGACUACACUGAGUGAUCUGAACUAAAAUGACAAAGGCAUUAAUUACCAUCAUUUUCUCCAUGAGCACUGGCUGAUAUAUAUAUAUAUAUAUAUAUAUAUAUAUAUAUAUAUAUAUAUAUAUAUAUAUAUAUAUAUAUAUAUUUAUUUAUUUUUAUUUUUUUUAUUUUAUUUAUUUUUUUGUCUCAUGAUCCUCUUCUUCCAUUCUCCAGGUGACACGGAUUGGUCUUACUAUUCACAAAACCAAACAACAUGGGUUCCAGGUGUUGUGUGGGUCUGCAGGCUUCUUACUGGCUGGAUACUCUGUAGGUAAGCACUGAGCAAAGACUGACUUUAUGACUACUAUUCACUAAUCAGCCACAAUAGAGGGGUGACAUGCAAUGAAGCUAAAAUGUCAUGAAUGUUUCCCAGCAUGGGGACGUGUUUCUAAGCAGGGCUAAUUGCCCCAGUGCAGGGCAUGCUAUUGAAGAUAAAAGUAUAUAUUUAAUGAGUUAAAUAUAGAUAGUUAUUCACUAAAGUGAAAAUUGUGGGGAAUUCAAUGUCAACUUCAAAUUUUAGGUCAAACCGUAAGCGCAGCAGAUGUGAAGAAUUUUUACGAUUCAGCUAUUUUGACCUUGAAUUUGAAUUUUACUUUGAAUCCUCACUUUAGUUUAAUGCAAAACAAUACAUUGUCAUAAUUAAACAGUCUUUACCAACACCACAUGCUAUUUACAAAGCUACCAAGACUAGAGUAUUUAUUCAGAGUUAUCUCCAGUGUAUAGAAGCAAACAAAUAUUUAAUGAUAUUAAUUUUGGUUUUCUUUUGAUUUUAACCACUUGCAUACACUGGUUGUUGUGUGAUGGCAAUAUUCUGCUGCUUAGAAUUUACAUGGCGUUACAAGGGGAUCGAGGCAUUCCACUGCAAUUCACCCAGCACCUAACUGGAUUAUCAUUGUCAAUGUUGCAAACAGGAGAACUUUAUGUUCCCUGUAAAGCUCUCUGGAUUUUCUGGGCUUUCUGAGAAAGGCAUUGUGUAAGGGAAAACCUUCGUUCUACCCGUGUCGGAGAUGUGAUCCGCAUGGAUUUCAUAGGACACAAUGUCAGAGCAUAGCAUGUGGGCAUGCUAUCUGUGGAAUGGCAUCUUUGGAGUAAUUUUCAAAGCCUGUACGAAAUCAGGGUCACCUCUACGCAGCCAGCAGUGACAUGAAAAGCAUGCUAUGAAGCUGUCUGGGGGGGUUCUAAGAUCAACAUGCUCAAACCGGAAUCCUAUCUCCUUAAUACUUGUAGUACCAGUCUAAAAGGCAUAUAGUUCAGACUAAUAAUAAAGGCAUUUUAAUGAUUUAUUUUUUAGUGGAGGAUAUAUGCACCAUCUGCUUCAUUUUUAUAAAAGGAUUGUUUUAUAUAUUUUUAAAAAAUAUUAUUUAUGUUGUUUUUGUUAUUCUAAUUCAGGUUUCUAUUUGUGCUAUUUUAUUAGUUGGUAUUGCAAUAUAUUUGUUUUUUAGUUUUUGAAAUCCAUAUGAAAUAUAUAUUUCAGUACUGUAAUCGGUACAAUCAGUAAAAUGAAGACACAAUUCUGCAGUCGCCAUGUUACUUGGUGCAUAUCUUCACUCCUUAAGGAACUAGAAUCGUCUGGCCAAUUGUUUCCUGCGAUAGAACAGUUUCCGGGACAGUCAAAUGUUGGUUCAGCUUUGCAGAAUUUGGUAACUGAGAUUCCUAGUUGGGAACUGAAUUAGAAGAACUAAAAUAGAAAAGAAUGCAAAAAAUGAGCCAGUGUGCUACAAAAUAUAUACAUUAUAUCAUAUUAUAAUAUGCAUAUACCGUAUUUGGAGUACACAUAUCAGCAUUUUCCCACUAUUUGGUUCACAGAUCAAGUGAGGAAAAUUAACGAAUAGAUGGAAACACAGGAGGAGCAGUAAAAAUCUAUAUUUUAGAUAUUUAUUAAAGCUAUAAUUUGUAAAUUAUACAUUUUUAUUUUUACUGCUCCUCUAUUUUCACCUCUAUUGGUCACUUCUUUCUUGAGCUGUGAAUAAAUUCAGCAUUGAGUGAUUGUCCCCUUGACAUCAAUCAUGUUUUAUCCCCAUUAAUCCUCUCUCUUUUUUUUGGCAUCAUGGAGGAAACUCAGAAUCCCGAAUCGAAACAAACUUGCUUGUCCACUGUGCAUUUUGGUUGGUUCAUGAUUUGGUUACAUUUUGUCUCAGAGUUCAGGCAUUCAACUGAUUGGGUCAAAUUCAGCUGAAUUGCAGCUCGGCCUUAUGCUUAUCUUCAAGUCUACCCUUUAUCAUUAUCACAGUCUGGUCUCAAACACUGUGACAGCAUGAAUUGCAUAAAGGAAUUCUGCUGUGGCAGGAAAACAAAGCCCCUCUCCCCCCCCCCUUCUAUCGGCACUGAAGGGUUUAAUACCAUCUCAGUCACUUACCAGAAUCAUCCCCCGCCCACGCUCCUCCCCCUUUGCCCGCGCUUGCAUUAGGAUUUCCCCAUAGGAAACCUAGAAACAUACAAUGUGACGGCAGAUAAGAACCAUUCGGCCCAUCUAGUCUGCCCAAUUUUUUAAAUACUUUCAUUAGUCCCUGGCCUUAUCUUAUAGUUAGGAUAGCCUUAUGCCUAUCCCACGCAUGCUUAAACUCCUUUACUGUGUUAACCUCUACCACUUCAGCUGGAAGGCUAUUCCAUGCAUCCACUAUCCUCUCAGUAAAGUAAUACUUCCUGAUAUCAAUGUUUUCCAGUGGGGAAAAUCUGAUGCUGGAGGUCCGUGAGGACGUCUAGCGUGAGAUAUCGGACCAAAGAUCUACUUGGAUUCCGGAAGCCCUCUAGUGGCUGUCUGGUAGACAUCCACAGAGGCAGACUUAGAGCUGCAAUGUAAACAUUGUAAUUCUCUGGAAGUGUAAUGUUUUACAUUGCAGCACUAAGUGCAAAAGUGUCACAGCACCCAGACUACUUCAAUUAUCUGACAUGGUCUGGGUGACUACAGUGUCCCUUUCGUGAGCUGCAUAGUUUAAGUUUUUUGAGGCGCUGAGAAGUUUGGCAACUCAAAAUUGGACUUUGUCAUAUUUUUAUUGUUAUGUAUUUAUUGCCAUAGCGAAGAAAACAAACAAACUGAAAGAUCAUCUUAACUUCCGUUGAAUUACAAAUUCUAGGCCAAACUAGCUGAUCUGGAAAAAUGCAUGUUGCACUGCUUGCCUAUGUUGGACAAAAGAUGACAAUAACUAUUUUUAGUUUAGUCCAGAUGUACAUCCCAAAAAAACAUGUUUUGGGAAAAUAGAACAAGGAACAGGUAAACUACUCGACCCUCUUACCUCUCCUCACUAAAGGUAUUACAAAGAUUCAAACACAAUCACAAUGUGAGACAGCAGAAUGUGCGUAAAAAUUAACAAACCAAAAAUGUCACAGUGACGUUUUGAUCUAUACAUAUGUUAGCUAAUGGUUGGUAAUUCUUCAUGAGUUAGGAAUAAUAAUCCGGUAGAGAAAUAUUGCAUUUUCCUGGUUAUCAAUAGAAUACAAUACAAAAUAUAAUGAAUGGGAUAAUAGGUAAGUGUACAAAAGAAAUCCGCGUUGAGUGCCCACAUUGGCAUGUUUUUUGUUUUGUUUGUUUGUUUUUUAAAUGGAAAGAGAGAAAAAAAAAAAGGAAUAGUGGUUUAAUCCACAAUGAAAUACAUGUUACUGUUGCCUUAUAAAAUUAAACCAUAACUUGAUCUACUAAUCAAAUACAAAGUGCAUACUUUAUAUAAAUAUAGCUAAAAAUUCAGGAUGUCUUUCUUAAUUUUAAAGCACUGACUCAUAGAACCAAAUGCUGCCGUAAGAUUACUCAGUGUUUAUGGGGACACUAGGAUAUUGUCACAGUGUGACCAUUUACAAGCACAAUAAAGCUCUUUUGAUGAUUAUUUGUUAAUAUCUAACCUACACUAGAAUUAAAAUAUACCAACUAUAAACCAUUUGAACAAGUGUAAAGGAUACAUAACUCAAUGUAGCUAAUCUCAGGACAAAUUGUCGCAGGGACAUUCCCUAAGAAGAGUCCCUUCUGGUCUGGAAUGUCCCUUAAAGCUGGUUCGUUGGCACAGGUCGUGGCCGCACACUUGGUGUCCCUCUGCAGAGACAAGUAUUCUACCGUCCCGGAGCUCUGCUAAGAUCCUGGGACCACGCUGGGUCUUGAAAGAACAAGGGUGGCAGGGCUAAGUCAUGUGUGCCCGAGGUUGCCACUUUGUCUUAAAGGGGCCCAACUGCUAAAUUGUGUGAUAUUCAUUUGCAGAAUGCAUUAUGACAGACAUGUUCACAUUGUUGGAAGAUAUUCUUUAUAGUGUUGUCAAAUGUAAUCAUGUAAGAGAUACAUGAUCGGACAUUUUUCCGAUGCUUGGGAGAAAGUCCAUUUAACCAAAACCACUGUAACUGGUAGCUGCGACGAUGCUAAUAAAAUCCCCUAGAACAGGAAUGCUCAAAUGGAUGUAGGAUUUAGGAGCAAAAUACAUCUCCCAUGAUGCUUUGCCAGAUUUUAGAAUGCCCUAAAACCAAAUAUCUUUUGAUCUAUGUUGGUGGAAUAUGAUUGGCACAACAUUUAGAUUACAGGUAAUGUGUAUUUUCUUUGCAAUUUCAAAGAACAGUUAGUUGCAUGACAGAUUUUGAAGGCGUGAGUGCGUUCUAAACAUUCGUGUUCUCUCUAGAAGUCUUUUAUCAUAUGCCAAAGCCACAUUGUUUAUUCCACAAAAUAAACAUGUGAUUUGAAGCACUGUCAAAGGAAAAAAUGUUUUUCAAUGUUUUACGUCUUACAAAUGUCCCAGUUGAGUCUCUCCUUUAUUGAUCCAUAGGUACAGUUGGGGGUGUCUGUGCUCUGGGGAAUGUCCUGGGGACUCAGCUGUGUGCUCUGGAAAAGAUGUGCCUGAAUGCUCAAUGGGAAGACGCAAAGCAGUUACAGCACCGACUCAUCGAACCAAACGCUGCCGUAAGAUACUCAGUGUUUAUGGGGUUUAUGGGGACACUAGGAUAUUGUCACAGUGUGACCAUUUACAAGCACAAUAAAGCUCUUUCUGAUGAUUAUUUGUUAAUAUCUAGCCUAUACUAGAAUCAAAAUAUACCAACUAUAAAACAUUUGAACAAGUGUAAAGGAAACAUAACUCAAUAUAGCCAAUCUCAGGACAAAUUGUCGCAGGGACACUCCCCUAAGAAGAGUCCCUUCUGGUCUGGCAUGUCCCUUAAGGCUGAUUCGUUGGCACAGGUCAUGGACGCACACUUGGUGUCCCUCUGCAGAGACAAGUAUUCUACCGUCCCGGAGCUCUGCUAAUAUCCCGGGACCACGCAGGGUCUUGAAAGAACAAGGGUGGCAGGGCUAAGUCAUGUGCGCCUGAGGUUGCCACUUUGUCUUAAAGGGGCCCAACUGCUAAAUUGUGUGAUCAGCGCUAACCCUGUUCCAGUGAGCAUGGCUUUCAUCCAGUUUUCUAUAUAUAGACUCUCUGAGCAUCUCAAACUGUGCUCAGAUAUAUUGAGAGCUGCACUUGGUGUGUUACUACCACAACAUGCCUUACCCCAUUCUGAUACUGUCAUACUAUACUGUAACCUUGGCUUAACCCGGACUUCCAACCACUGCCUGGCCUUGGAUUGCCUGACGUGACUUUCCAUUAUCCAAUCUCCUCUGUUCGCUGCGGCUCUCUGCACACUAAGCUCUACACAACAUAACAGCUGAUUGUAAAGUCAGGUUUAUUGUAUUCCUGUUCUUUACAUAAGUAGUUAUUGUGUGUAAGCAUUUUGUAAACGUGGACUCCUGUGGAUAUACACUGCUGGAAGAAACAAAGGCGCCCCUGCCCUCUUCCUUUUUGGAAUCCUGAUCUCAGUGAUGCUGUGAGAACCUUUUCUUCUUUGCCGUGAAUAAUCCUUUAACAGCUGAUGAUUUAGAUUGGCUGUUUUACAGCUGGGAAAUGUCCCUUUUCAAUUCAUGCAUUUAGGCCCUGAACUUUAUUAAUUGAUUUUCCCAAUACCCUUAGGUGACCACAGCGCUAAUGGAUGCUUGUAAAGUAAUAAACUUAGAAGAAUGCUGUCUACAUUUUAUUAUACCCCCGAAGAAGACAUUAUUUUAUGUGUUCCUGAUUAAACCAAUAAUUUAUCUUCAUAUUGAAAGAUGUGUAUGGACUAUCAGGCUUGCCUUCAAAGACAAAACAGAUCUUUUUCAUUUAGAAGCAAUGAUUUAAAUAAUGUUCUUGACAAAUACGUAAAGAUAUAUAUUUAUCAAACCUUUUGUCAACGACCAAUGAAUUGCCGGUUUGUAAAUAAUACGUUAUGAAUUGUCGGUCCAUCGUCUUCUAAAGCUUAAUUCUUGCUGCCCCAGAAAUCAUCCAUUAAAUCUGUUGUCAGCUCUAGACAUAUUUUUAGCUAUUAAUAUUAUUUGAGCCAUAUGUUUGCUAAUAAUUAACCGAUACGAAGUAUAGAUGACAUGUUGGCGUGUUUGACUACAGCCGUACAGUGACAGGUGCACUUUGUCUCCUGCAUCGUCAUCAUUUCAAAUUUCUGGGCAAAAAAUUAAUUUUAGAAUUGGUUUAUUUAUUAUAGAACAUUAGUGUACGCUGAGUUUAGAUUAUGUAUCUCACACUUGGUUGGGGGAAAAAAAGAAAAAGGUCCAGACAGAACUGCACCUAGGACUGUCACAGCUGGGAUUUCGCUUAGUAAUGGCUUAUGCAGCUGCCCUCUUGGCUAGCUUCCAGUUAAACAUCAUUACACCGGUCUCACUGGUAUAAGGAAGUUUCAAACAUACAGGGUUAUUUACUAAUUUGAGAAUUGUUGGGAAUACCAAAAUAAAGGUGAAAAUAGCUGAAGUGCAAAACUUCUCAGUUAUACUUCCAAUUCGGCUACUUUGACCUUAAAUUUGAAGUUCACUUUGAAUUCCCAACCCUGGUAGUGAUUCAGGUUUUUUGGAGGUUCAUAAAGACAAGUUAUAAUAAUCAUACAGACAUUUUCACCUCCACCCACCCCUUGGACAUGGAGCUUCUGUUUUAAAGACCACUCUAGGCACCCAGACCAUUUCAGCUUGGCAGGAACAGAGGGGACAGACCGUCAGUGCUGAUAAAGACUCCUAGUCUUGCAAUCACAAGUUUCUUCCUAGAACAGAAGUAUAGAAGAGUUGAAUAACAUUUGGUUCUCCCCUUAGUUGAAGAAAAUGGCAAUUUGUUUUCUACCCCUUGUAUGACAGCAUAAAGAAAUAUUUUAUCCCACUGGUAUGGCUGAGUAACAGAACAUACUGUUCCAACGGUAUGGAAGAGUAACAGAACACUUUACUUCCACUGUCUCUGAGAGUGACAAUGUAUUUACCCCUCCUAGUAUAGGAGAAUACCAAAACCAUGGCCAUGUCUUUUAUAGCAUAGGAUAGCAUCAGAACUUUGUCUUCUACUAGUGUUGAGUACCUUAACCUUCCUUUUAAUUAUUAGAGAGUAACUGGCCUUGUAGAGUCUAUUUCGCUUUUCUUUCCAUCAUACAGGAGAAUGUCACAAUGUAGACACUGUAAAGCAGCAUGUGUUGUAUCAAAUUGCACUUGUGCUUGGCAGAAUUGGGAGGAUGUGAUGUCCUAUCACUUUCUCCUGAUGAGGUAGAUCUCAAGCUGUUGCCGUCUGCUCACCGUAGACACCAGGGAUGCUACCCUCCUGUGGACAGAUGGUAGGACUAACAGGAGGGAGGCAAAAUAAAGCAUGUGUAUUCCUAUAUAUUUAGAAGCACAGGCUGUGUGUAUCUGUCUGACUAUAUAUGCUUAGGAGAUUGUAUCUGUGAAUUUGCAUCUGCAUGUGAAUGCCUGGGAGUUUGUGUGUGUAUGUUAGUGUGUAUAUCUGGCUAUUUGUCUCUAAAAGUCUUUGUGUGUCUGGGAUUAUGCAUUUCUGUAUUUAUCUGAGUGUCUGGGAGAGUAUCUGUGACAGAACGCUGUCACUGCAUACCAUGCCCACACGUGCCCAGUCAUAUUGACCCCCAAGGACUUGGACUGUGGACUCAGGGUGGUCCAACAGACUUGUUGCAGCCCCGUUUUGGGUCUGGCCACAAGUCUGUCUAUUUGUAUGGGGGGAGAUAUGUGAUGGAUGGCCAUUUUUGUGAUGGAUUUCCAUGUAUCUAGAUAUCGCUGUAUUUUGUACCUGUAUUCUACAUAGAGCGGUGUGUGUCUGUAAAUGCAGCUGUGGGUCAACAGAGGGAGGGGCAGUAGCUCUAUAAAGUAUAGUUAUGUGUGAAAGGUAUUCUGUGUGUUAAUCAAGUUCAAUGCUGCACUGUGAGUGACCACUUGCUGUGGGAGUCAGCAAGUCCAUCUAUUAUAGCAAAGGGCUGUGUUGAUGUAACCAGAGUUUGCUCUGAAGGGACAGGGGGUCCAACCAAGAUAACCUUUUGUUGUCAUGGGGUGUUGGCACACGGGGAGGUGGUAACUAGUGUGAGGAAUCACUUUGUUGAUUUGAAGUUCUUUCUCUGUGACCUGCUCUGUAUUCCUAUUGGUGAAAGUUUUGUGUAACUGUACGGAGAACCCUUGCUGGGGGUCUGUGGAUAAAUUGGCUGUACCCUGUCCCAUUAAACAGUUCAGUUCAGCUGGGCUCCCAGGACUAUGUUUUUUCUGGUUACUGUGGGAAUGGGUAUUUACUUGUGCUGAUUGUUCCAGAGGGGCUGAAGGAAGGUAAUCGCAGAGGUAACCAGUUGGGUUAACCGUGGUCCGCUACAGUAUCCGUAUGUGUUUAGUCUAGGAUUAUGUAUUUGUGUGUGUGCAUGCGCUUGUGUCUAGGAGUUUGUGUAUGUAUCUUAUGAUGUCCAACUUUAAUACUUUAUAACAGGUCUAAUUGUUCACUCCCAACCCCACAAGUUUUUAGAUGAAGAACCAUCUCCGUUUGCAUGAUGGUUAAAUUUAAAUAAAUUGGCAACUCCCAAGGCCCAGGUUAAAAAAUACAGCACUUUAAAAGCUAAGCAGUUUUUCACCGGCAGCGUGAUGACGUAGACGUGCACGCUGCGAGAGGCGGGGAAAGCUGGUUUGGCGCGAGAACAGGCAGAAAAUGGCAGGGCGGGAGCAAGAGAACAGAGACCGAUGUGAAAGAUUGGAGUUUUGGGAGAAACGCAGGAAGGGCAGAACACGACCGCUGCGAAACAACAAUUGAAGGGGCAGGCUUGGCGACGGACAUAAGACUGUGAAAAAUAGGACCCAAGCGGCAUGGAGUGCAAACGUUUAAAGCAGCACAAAGGUUACAAUCGCUCAGUGCAACUUGAGUAUCCAGCUGUAUAUCAGGCCCUGCGUGCUUAACGCAGUGAGUUUCAAACAUAAAUAAAAAAUAAAAAAAUAAAAAAAGGGAAGGAAAGCGAUGAAGAAGAUAAAGGGGAUAGAAAGCAAAAGGGCAGGUAAAACAGGAGGAGAAGAGAGGGGUAAUAAAGCAAAAAAAACAGAGGAGAAGGGAGGGAAAGAGAUAAAGGAAAAGGGGCCCCUUCAGUAAAAGCACCCAUAUUCAGAAAAGACAUUUCACUCGGUGCAGAAGUACAUUCCCUCCUAUAAAUUGAAGCCUGAAUUAAGCCAAAACUUAAAAAGAUCAUUAGAGCUAAGCUCCUGUAUGUAAAUAAAGAAAAGAACAUCCAAUUAAAAAAAAAAUGUGUUGCUAGUCAGAAGAAAUUGGAAAGUUCACUAAACGGUACAUUUCAAAAAGCUCAAAUAUGAUACAUUUAGAACACAGCUGACUGUUGUGCAUAUGUGAAAAAAAGAAGUAAAAGAAAAGGAGGGGGGGGAGAGAAAAAGAAAAGCUAAGCAGGUUAACUUAAAAAUAAAAACUUCUUAAGGACUAACUAAAAAUGUUACAUGUACACUUUGGCAUAAAAUGUCUAUUAUGUAGUUCAGACUUUAUUUUCAAGCAACAUAGGGCGUAUAUAUGAGACAUACGCUGUCGUGCCAUACAUGGGUUAGCUAAUAUGGAAGAUCAGCUGUUCGGAUGUUAGUGAGCUCCUGUUCAACACUUUAGAAAACAUGGACAGUGGUAUGUCAAUCCCAUUACUGUGACAUUAACGUGGCAUUGAAGGCCCUUCGUGGACACAACAUAAUGUACCCUGCUAAAACCUUAACUGCAUUUCAACGAUCUUAGGACACUCAUCAAUUGUUCUAGAGUAUUUAUAGGACAUGACUAACGGUAAUUAACUGAAGAGGCUCAAAUCCUUGGCUUCACAGCUAUUUAAAUAAGGGACACAGCCCUUAGAAUUGGUUUAUAUUCGUCUACCAAUCUUUUAAAACAAUUCCUUCAACAAGUUCUGAGAUUAUUUUUGCACAUUUUGUUUGAUGGUUAAAUUCAAGUUGUUGUUGGCCUUUGCAUAUAGGAUACUCGUAGUUUCUAACUUCUAUAUUCUUGUUUCUCCCAAAAAGGUCUUAUCAAAAAAGGUGCCAGUAUAAUAUAGGCAAAGAGCAUGUGUUGCUAUAUAGAAAAUAUACAGCAAUAUAUUACACAUCUAUUAUCUCUUCUUGUUGAACAGCGUUUUUCUCAUAGAGGUAAGCAGGAGAACUAUUAUUCUGUAUUUCCAACCUGUUUUCCUGGCGCUGUAGAAUCUUACAGUGCCCCCCUCCCUCCCGCCCCACAUCACUUACCUGAAUCCAGCGCCGAUGUCUCUCGGAGAUGGGUCAGGCUCCGCCCACGCUCACAUUAGGAUUUUCCCAUAGGAACGCCGGAAGUUCUCAUGCAUAGUGAGAGGACGUCCAGCGUAGUUUCUCAGAAACUGCAAUAAUUACCACUGUAGGGUUAAAGGACCACUAUAGUGCCAGGAAAACAUACUUGUUUUCCUGGCACUAUUGUGCCCUGAGGGUGCCCCCGCCCGGCUCUGGAAGGGGUAAAAACUUACCUUUUUCCAGCGCUGGGCGGGGAGCUCUCCUCCUCCGAUUCUCCUCCCCGUCGGCUGUAUGCGCACGCGCGGCAAGAGCUGCGCGUGCAUUCAGCCGGUCGCAUAGGAAAGCAUUAUCAGUGCUUUCCUAUGGACGCUUGCGUGCUCUCACUGUGAUUUUCACAGUGAGAAUCACGCAAGCGCCUCUAGCGGCUGUCAAUGAGACAGCCGCUAGAGGCUUUGGGGGAAGGCUUAACCCAUUUAUAAACAUUGCAGUGUCUCUGAAACUGCUAUGUUUAUAAAAAAAUGGGUUAACCCUAGCUGGACCUGGCACCCAGACCACUUCAUUAAGCUGAAGUGGUCUGAGUGCCUAGAGUGGUCCUUUAAGUGACAUGGGACAUUGCACCCAGACCACUUCAAUGAGCUGAAAUGGUCUGGGUGCCUACAUCUUUGGUUAUAGAAUCCAGCCCCAUGUGUCCUGUUUAUUGCCAUUUACUGUGUGAACCACAGAUCAUUUUAUGUUUUGUUUUCCAGGUAACACAGAAGUUUGGGGUUCCUGGUGUGAAGCAGGCUAUGGAGUGGUUUGGUUACCAUGGAGGGCUUUGCCGUUCUCCUCUUCCUCCUCUGACUGAUCCAGAAGUAAAAGAACUGAGAAGAGAUUUCAUAGCAAAUGGCUGGCUUUUACCAGAGUCAAAAUAAAGAACACACAUAUACAUAAAUUUGUUUUAUUGCAGAGAAAUAUUGGUUUUGCUUAUUCAACCCAAGGCGUAUGUUGAUACGUAUGCAUAUCCUGCUUUCUCCUCUACCUAGAUGCUUUUCAAAAUUUAUUUUGAUCAGCUUAUUUCUAAAUAGAAGCUAAAGAACAUAAUUUUAGGGUUUAUUCACCACACAGUGAAUUUUGAUAAUCUAAGAAUAUAUUUUUAAUAUUUAAGCUAAAGUUGUAGUAGUUAUGGUGCCUAGAGUGCCGUCGCUGUCCCACGGUAAGUAAUCAAACUGUUUGUUAAGGAAGUUUGACAACUUACCUGGGUCUCCCAGACACUUGUACUACAUCGAUUCUUCUUUUGUAGGAGAAGCCAAAUAUCUCUGCAAAUUAGAUCAAGGCCGACGCAUGACCACACUCGUUGGCAUUGCAUGAUAGAGCAAAGUGAAUGCUCCUGUAGGAGAAGACCUGAUGCAGGGAUGCAGUCAUAAGUGACCUGGCAGAACCAAGACGAGUUGUUAAACCAAACUAAAACAGAUUUUAUAUCUAUAAAACUUUAUCUCAUGUUUCAUUGUGAGAAAUUAGUUCUAAUCUGGAAUUUUCAGAUUUAUUUUUCCAGUUUACAUUCUAAGACAAACCGUGCAUUCUGGCAACUAAUAUUUACAAUAAAUAUUUUCCCUGAUAAUUUUCACUUCAGAUUAAACUCCAAUUCUAUAUAACACUUUGAUAUAUUUUGACAAAGCCGUACCCUGUUAUAUAAUUUGUGACAAGUUGAUCAUUGCCAUUUAAAUAUGAAAAUAAACGAUUACUAAAAAUGCAAGAUUUUUUUUAAAUAUAGGUUCAAUGGAAUUUGACGAAUUUAGCUGGAUUUGGCAUAAUUGUCUUCUUUCAUUUCUAAUCAAAUCAUGAAUCUUUAAUGUAUUAAAGCAUCCAAUUUACUUUAAAAUACUGUUACCCAGUGUCUAGGCUUUUCCGUCUUAAACUUAAAGUUGUUUAGGUGACUAUAGUGUCCCUUUAAACAUCCAGUUCUCCACACUGGUCUUGAGCCUCCAUCUAAUAUGUGUAUACCCAGAUCCAUGGGUAACUGCUUACAGGGUCUCGGGGAAACCUAACUUUUAUUAAAGAAUCACAGGGUUAUUUACUAAAGGGAGAAACAAUUUUUAAAAUUUAGGCCAAAGUUGUCAGACUUGAAGCAUAGCUAAAAUUUAGAAUGUUUUCAAUUUGGCAAUUUUGACCUUAAAAUAUAAAUUUUCACUUUAAUAACGCUGACACUGUUCAUCCAGAAUCACGGCAGUAAAAGCCACUUUUAUUUAAAACCACAAAACAAGAAAAACCCCAAUCAAGGGGCAAGAACACAGAAAAUAUAAAAACUACCUGUACACAGAUUCACACUAGGUAAACGUUACCUUAUUUAACUAUGAACAUGUUCGUUUGCUUUCUGUGUCCUUUCAGAAGAUUUUUCCCGUUUUUAGUUUAAUAUAAAUGGACUGUACUAUCAUACGGUUUCUUUAAUGAAAUAUGGGGUCUCUGAGAUCAGAAAUGCAUUAAACCAGACCCGUUCUAUAAAAUCCAUCCUUUUAAAUAAUUCGCUCACAACAGUAUUGCCAAUAGAUAUUUUAUCUAGCCAAGCGUUAGAAAGUUUACAUCAUAAUUGCACCCUCGGUGACCGUAAUUGCUCAAAAGUUAAUUAGUUGCGGAGACAAGUCAUGUCAAACACCAAUCAGAACCUGGAAUUAAAUAGGAUGGACAACUAAUUUCCCAGCAUUCUACUACGUACGGAAGAGGCGAUAGUUGUUUGACCUGCCCUAUGCAAAAACUCUGGUUUAUCUUUAAAUCUAUCGUUUACUUGUUAUAAAGUGCUGCUCGGAUUUAACUCAAAAUAUCAGCACAGUAUACCUGGAGUUGUUUAUUAUUUACUUUACUGUUUAUUGGUAUUUCUCUGCUACAUAAUAUGUACACUGAGCUGGUGGUAGUUACAGCUCACUCUCCAUUGCUCUCUAGUGGUAAUAGAACAAAUUGCAUUACAUUGUUAUUGAAUUGGGUAUAUUUUCCCUUCUAUAUCUGUUCUAUAACAAAAAAAAA